AAGAGUAUCUAUUUCCGGUGUGUACUUUUCACUGUAUCGCGCCUUAAGUGAGCGGUACUUGGUAAAUGUACACCGUAAACCUUUCACUAUUACUACAAUUAUCUGCACAUCUGGAUGAAACUUGAACGGACUUUUGUUUUUACAGUCCUGUAUUGUCGUGUAUGUUUGAGUCAUUCUCAGGCAGCAUGUUUAACUGAGGAUGUUACUUCAGCUUGCUAACUGGACACAGGACACAUUUUUAGAUCCGUGUCUGGAGAUGUUGUAAAAUUCUUAGCAUCAUUUAAUAUCCACCAAAAGCUCUCUCUGUGUGCGUGUGUCCAAAGACUUGAAUCCUGUCCGGAAAUGUCUAAGGUGGAGAUGCUCAGAGCUCUGGUGAUUCAGAGACAAACACUGGCUGCUGAAGAGAUAUGUAAGCUGUUUGAAAGAACCGCAGCAGAGUUCAGAGAUGGUUGUUUCACAUCUGUAAAGAAAACCCGACAGACCAAAGAAGUGGACUCAGAUCUGACCACUGCAGCUUCUGUUCCCAGUGCAGAAAUCCAGCGGGUGAUUGUUGGCGAAGAAGUUCCUUUUGAGUGGCUGGAGUGGAGCCCCAACGCGUAUCAGGAGGGACCAGAGCCCCCUGAUAUUAAAAAGGAACAAGUGGAACUCCAGAGCAGUCAGGACUGCAAACAGCUCCCUGUGAAGAGUGGAGACCAUGAAGAAAAAACUGAGCUCCACCAAAAUAAAGCUGCUACUCAGAUAAAAAUAGAAGCUGAUGAAGAGGACCGUGAAGGAUCGGAAGUGAUCAGGAAGAUGAAUGUUUUAGUGAAGCAAAGACUAACUGCAGCUGCCAAAGAGAUAUUUGGAUUGUUUGAAACCAGCUUAGCAGAAUACGAGGAAGAGAUUAAAGGAUUUCAGAAGCUGCUGGAAAAAGCUGGAGUUCAGAUCAAAACUGCAGUUACCUCACAGGUGUUGGUGAUCAAAGAAGAAGUUCCCCCUGGGCAGCGCAGGUUGAAAACCAAUCUGAACCAAGAGACUCAAGUAAACCCACAUAUUAAAGAGGAAGAGGAGGAAGUGUGGAGCUGUCAGCAGGAAGAGAGGCCUCAAGGACGAGAUGAAGAAACCACCAAGUUACCUCUCAAUGCUGUAUCUGUGAUCCGUCAGAAGUUCUCAAACCCUCAUCAGAGGCAAAGUGAUGAAACUGGAGCUGAUGAAGAGGGUACUGGAGAAUCAGACAAGACAUCUUCUGAUUAUGACACAGAAAACAGUGAUGAUUUUUCACAAGAGAUGAGUCAAUCUCAGUCAGGUUUAGAAAAUCUUGAUUACAGUGAAGACAGUGAAACAGUCCAAGGAAUACCAAGCAUGAUGGACAACACAGAAGGGAAACCAUUCAGUUGUUUAAUUUGUGGUAAAGGUUUUAGCGAUAAAUCCAAUCUGAGGAGACACAUCCGAUUUCACAAAGGGGAGAAAACAUUCAACUGUGACUUUUGUGACAAAACGUUCACUGAGAAGGCCUAUUUAAAGAGACACAUGAGAAACCACACAGGCCAGAAGCCAUUUAAUUGUCCCAUCUGUGAAAGAGGUUUCAGUGGAAACAUAGAUCUGACGAGGCACGUCAGAACCCACACAGGAGAGAAACCGUUCAGCUGCUCAUGUUGUGGUAAAGUAUUCAGCCAGCAUGAAAACCUGCGAAGGCAUGAAAGAACUCACACAGGAGAGAAACCAUUCAGCUGUGUGGUUUGCGCAAAGGGAUUUACCCACAAAGGAGCGCUGGUUGUACACAUGAGAAUUCACACCGGAGAGAAACCUUUUAGCUGCUCGGUCUGUGGGAAGAAAUACAGCGAAAAAGGAAAUCUGAAGAAGCACAUGAUUGUUCACACAGGAGAGAAACCUUUCAGUUGCAACAUUUGUGAAAAAAGAUUUAAUUAUCAGUCUCAGGUCAAAAACCACAAGUGCUCCGGUGAAAGCAGCACAACAGUAGUUCUUCAGCAAGAGGAAACUUCUGGUCCUGAGACAGUCGAUGCAGAAAUGCUAAAAACUACAGUUCCUCAAGUUUUCAUUUGAAGCUGGCUCCAGAAGCACCAGAAACCACCUACACUCCCAUUCAAAACAUCUUUACAGCAAAAAUAAACAUGUUUACAGCCUGGUUGAAAUAACAAUUUUGGUCUGAAUCGGCACAAAAUGUACAGGGGUGAAUUUUUUUUACGUAUUCAUUUUUAAAGAUAUUUAAGUUACAAAUUUAGCGCAAUAAGGAGCUUGGCUAACUUGACUGACCAUUGGGUGAUGUCAAUGUAACAAGGUUCAUGUAUAAUGCUACCUAUGGUCAUCAGUCAUGAGAUCUAAACCCUACAGGUGGUGCUGAGGUCAGAAAGGCAGCCCCAUCUCAAUACUGUAAGCACAAAACUGGAAAAAAGUGAACCAAAAUAUUCACAUCAAAGAGAGGACAUAUAUCAUUGACAACAGUGUUACAUAAGGCUGUGUUCAGAUGAUAAUUUUACAUAAAUACCCCCAUAAAAUGAAAUGAUACAUCAAAACAAAUAGGUAGGCAAUACAAACAUUGCAGGACUAGACCGCACUACAUGUUAUAUUAUUAACAAAGACCUCACAUCAAGACAGGAUAAGAUCCAGUCCCCUCUUAAAAUAGGACUCAGUCUGACCUCAUCUUAAUCCACAAUGAGCAUUGCACCUCGCAGUAUUUAGCUAGUUACAGCAGCGAGGAAAAACUUCCUUUUAACAGGCAGAAACCUCGAGCAGAACCAGACUCAUGUUAGACAGCCAUCUGCCUAGUCCAACAUGACCCACCACAGACUCUUGAACUAAUGGGAGCACUAUUUUUGCAAGGGCAAAAUAAGUAAAAAACUCAUCAUAAUAAAUAAAUGCCAUGAGACAUCAGAGAUCUCCUGGCAAACGUACAGAGUCCUUUGUGAGUUAAUUCCCUUUACUGUUAAACUGUUUGGUGCUUCAUUGAUUUAUCAUUGAAAAAUACAGUACUGUUACGGUGUGUUAGCGCUAAAAUCAAGAAUGAUUUAAUGUAAGUCAAUGUAAAUAUAUAUAUGCCUGUAGGUACACUUUGACAAUUUCUACAACUUGAGCUCAACAUGAACGUGACUAAGUGUCAAAAAGAGACCCCGCUGAAAUGUAGACGUUGCAUCUCAUCGUCGAUCUAAACUCCAGAUGAAGCAUGAAUUCACACUUUUUAAAAAUGAUGUGACCCAGUUUUGCAAUUAAAUCACAUCAGAAUAGUUUUAUUUUGGGUUUAUUACACAGUAGUAAACCAAGUUUUAGCCAACAUGUGACUUACUUUAAAAAACAAAGACACUGCCACUCACAGGAAAAUGAUGCAGUUUAAAUGUUCUUUGCUUAUGGUCUGAACAAAGUCUAUACAUCAUGUACUCAAACAUCUGUAAAUCCUGAGUGUUUUAUAUUCAUGUGUUGUAGUCCCAUAUUAUCAAGCAUGACUUGUUGUAGAGCUGUGUGUGGUUAACAUGUCUAUUUAAACAAAUAUCUAUUUAAAAAAAACGAGUCAUGGAGUGCAGGCUUCAUCAGGUUGAAUCGAGCCCCAUGUACAGAGGCUAUAGUCAACCAAGUGGAUGCUCCAGGUUUAGUUCCAGCCUAUGGCCCUUUGCUGCAAGUCACUCCUCACGCUCUCUCCUCAGUUUUCUACUCAACCCAUCAUCCUAUCUCUCCCAGUAAAGGCAUAAAAAGCCCAAACAUGAACUGUAAAAAAGACUUAUGCAACAACAAUAAGGUUAUCUUACAAAUAUGAAGUAAUAUGUAUGACAAAUACAGUUUGUCAUGAAAUGUUAUGUAAUAAAAGUCAUCCAUUUAUAUA